AUGGAAAGAAGAUGCUUAUUGUAUUGGGAAAUUGAGAAUGCCUUAUCGGUAUAUGUUGAUAUACCUUCCGAUGAUGGUAGUUAUGCGGGUGGCGAUGGUUCGGAUAUCGAAGAUGAAGUUAUCAUUGAAGGACAGAGUACGACGUUGGAAGAAAUUUUUCUCGAAGAAGACUUCCAAGGUACAGGGAAAUUUGACAGCGAAGAUGACACACCUCUAACCAAAUUAUCUUUUUUUCAGCUUUUAGUUCCAUCAUCAUCACCAGAAUCACAACCAGGACCAUCUACUCCUGGUAGGCUCAGGUUGAAAUACAGGCUCCAAAAUGAAAAAAAAAAUCCUACUCAAUUCUACUUGCUGAUGAUUUUGUCUCCAUACAUCACGGACCUACUAACUUGUCUCUAG